AAACAUUUUAUUUUUCUAUAGGACAAAAAAUAGUGAAAUUGGAGAGAAUUUGUUUUAUUUAUUUAUUUAGGUUUGUCUUAAAUGAUCGAGGAGAGAGUGAUGUUCAAAUGGGUACUUAUCACGGCGGCCUUCUUCCAAAUUCCCACUCCAUUAUUGCACAUCCAACAAUAACCGGAAACACAGGAGGUGGCAGAAAUGAGGGGGUUGUUCUAUUUGGGUGGGAAACAAGAGGAUGAAGAGGAAGAAAUUAGAGGGAGAGAACAGCAGCUGUUUUCUUACAGAUCAAACCAAGAGAUCUAUUCCAAGGGAUUGGAGAUAUGGCCACAGUAUCCCCACAAUCAGCACCAUCAACAAAACAUGGAGAAUUUCAUAUCCUUUGAAGUGGGGCCCAGCCGGAGGACCAACUUCAUGAUCAACGCCUCUAAUCACGACUUAGUGUCCAGAUCAGGGUUUGCGAUGAUGAGAGGAGGCGGCGGUGGUGGCGGCGGGAUGAAUUGUCAGGACUGUGGGAACCAAGCCAAGAAAGACUGUAGCCAUUUGAGAUGCAGAACUUGCUGCAAGAGCCGAGGGUUUCAGUGCCAAACCCAUGUCAAAAGUACUUGGGUUCCUGCUGCCAAGCGUCGCGAGCGUCAGCAACAACGACACCAAAUUAUGCAACAUCAUCAACAAUUACGACCAGAUCACCCCGAUCCAACCACCCCUAAGAGGCACCGUGAAAAUCAUCCACCCAAUGCCUCCACUUCUGGGUUAGAAGUGGCACACUUUCCACCCGAAUUCAAUUCUCCAGCCAUUUUUCGAUGUGUCAAAGUAAGCGCAAUCGAUAAUGUGGAAGAACAAUUAGCUUAUCAGACAGCUGUGAACAUCGGAGGGCAUAUGUUCAAAGGAAUUCUCUACGACCAAGGCCCUGAAACCACCGUCGCCGGAGAAGACGGGGGCCAAGGGCUGGAUCUCGUAAUCGGAGCAUCCAACGGAGGUGGGGGAAGAAUGAAUGAAUCACCCCAAUUUAUGGAGCCUCCAAUAUAUCCAAUCCCGAUCAACGCCUACACAACGGGUACGCAAUUUUUCCCUCCCUCGAGGACAUGACAAUUUCACUUCAAUGCUACCUCUACCUCUAGCUUUGAUCAUCUUCUCUUCCAAACUUGAUUGUGUUAAAAUUCAUCAACUUGAAAAAAAAAACACAAAAAACCAAGCUGAUGUUAUUUUAUUUAAUUCAUGUAUGAUGAUUGGAUUGGAUUCGACCCGAUUAGGGUAUUUGAUCAACUCGCAUAUAUAUCAUAAAUAUAUUAU